UGAUAACAGUGGUGUUGUUGUAUGCCAUCAAGUCGAUUCCUACUCAUAGCCACCCUAUAUGACAGAGUAGAACUGCCCCAUAGGGUUUCCAAGGAGUGGCCGGUGGAUUUGAACUGCUGACCUUUUGGCUAGCAGCCUGAGCUCUUAACACUGCCACCGGACUCCAUGAUAACAAAACAAUUUAUAUGGCUGUUCUCCAGGGAUUAAUUCAAUUAAACCUCAAACAACCCUAUCAGAUUAUUAUAAUUGCCCCACUUCACAGGUGAGACAAUGGAGGGACAUAUGGGUUAAGCACUUGCCCAGAAUCAUGGACCUAGAUUAGCAGAGCCUGUCUCUUCCACUAGUGUCAGCGCUGUGACACUCUAGUUUUGUUCGCUGCUGUAUGCUCAGGGCCUAGAACUGUGGCUGGCACACAGUGAGUUCUCAAUGGAUGUUUGUUGAGGGAAAGAAGGAAUUCACAUCCCUUCCAACUUUGAUAAGUUGAUAAUUCAACUCUGCGUCUCAGGAGGGAAUACCGGAGGCUUAGGCUGGGAUCACAGUCCCCCGAAGUCCAGCUUCCCAGUCUGGGACCGGCUCAAUCACUCCUUCCCCAGCCAUAGUUCACGGUUCCCAGGUGGAGGGUGCGGCUUGCCUUGUUAAGGGCGGGGCCUGGCUCGUUAUUGGUGGGCCUCCCAAGGUAGGCGGAACAUCUCUAAACUGGUCUUCACGAUUUGCUGUCACCUCGGGGAGAGGAGACGGUAACCCGGAAGCUCUUCGGGUCAAUAUGGCGGCGCCCAGCUGGAAGAUAGAACCGGUCCGGUGGCCGCGGCCGGCCUCAUGAGGAGAUAAGACAACUGAGACUCAAAGAGGUUAAGGCCCUCGCUCGAGAUCACGCUGCAGGUCCGUAGCAGGCGAGAAUUCGAACCCGUGUCUGCCAGUUGUUCUUGAGACGCAGAAUCUUGGCAGCCAGCCGCAGCGCUGCUGUGGUCAUCUGACAAGCAAUUAUGAGCUGUGUCCAAGCCAUGCUGCUAGCCCGGGGCCUCUCUCGGGGCUGGGGAGGCAUCUUCGGGGCCGCCCUCAUAGGAGCCCCCUUCUCUCAGGUUGCCCCCAAGGUCCCGCGGGGCCUCCACUGUAGUGCAGCCACCCACAGCUCUGACUCUGACUCUUCGGUGGUCCCACGCCCCCCUGAGCCUUCGAGGUGGCCCAUGAAGGGCCUGGCGCCCCACCAGGAGCUGUUUGGGCAGGCGCCUAGCGGGGAGCGGGACAAGGCGAGCUUUGUGCAGGCCGUACAGAACUUCAAGCAGCACAGCGUGCGCAGGCGGGGCCACGUUGACUUCAUCUACCUGGCCCUGCGCCAGAUGCGGCAGUACGGCGUUGAGCGGGACCUGGCCGUCUACAACCUGCUGCUGGACAUCUUCCCCAAGGAGGUCUUCCGGCCACGCAGCAUCAUCCAGUACAUCUUCGUACACUAUCCUCGGCAGCAGGAGUGUGGCCUCGCCAUCCUGGAGCAGAUGGAGAACCACGGGGUGAUGCCCAACAAGGAGACAGAGUUCCUGCUGAUUCAGAUAUUUGGACACAAAAGCUACCCCAUGCUCAAGUUCCUGCGCAUGAAGCUGUGGUUCUCCCGCUUCAAGAACAUCAACCCCUUCCCUGUGCCCCAGGACCUGCCCCAGGACCCGGUGGACCUGGCCAAGUUGGGCCUGCGGCACAUGGAGCCUGACCUCAGCGCCAGGGUCACCAUCUACCAGAUGCCUUUGUCCAAAGACUCCACAGGGGCAGCGGAUCCCACCCAGCCCCACAUUGUAGGAAUCCAGAGUCCCGAUCAGCAGGCUGCCCUGGCUCGCCACAACCCAGCCCGGCCUAUCUUUGUCGAGGGCCCCUUUUCCCUGUGGCUCCGAGAUAAGUGUGUCUAUUACCACAUCCUCAGAGCUGACUUGCUGGCCCCUGAGGAGAGGGAAGUGGAGGAGAUUCUGGAGGAAUGGAACCUUUACUACCCCAUGCAGCUGGACCUGGACUAUGGGAGGAGCGGCUGGGAUGACUAUGAGUUUGACAUCCAGGAAGUGGAGGAAGGUCCUGUCUUCGCCAUGUGCAUGGCCGGUGCCCACGACCAGGCCACACUGGCCAAAUGGAUCCAGGGCCUGCAGGAGACCAACCCUGCCCUGGCCCGGAUCCCUGUGGUCUUCCGCCUGGCAAGGUCCACUGGGGAGCUCCUAGCGGCCUCCCCAGGACUGGAGGACCUGCCACCACAGCCACCAGUCCAAGGCCAGGAAGAAGAGGAAGACAACCUGCAGCGGCAGCAGCAGCAGAGCCAGAGCUGAGCCUAAGCACAAGCUGUGGCUGAGGAGACUGGACUGGCGUGAAAGCAUGAGAUGACCUUGGGGGAAAAAAAAAAUUGGGACUGUACAGCAAAUAAAAGUUUUCUUGUCUUCCCUC